UUUCUAUGAAAUGUCAAAUUUAUAAUCACGUCGAAUAUAACCUAAAAUAUUUUUCACAGCUGAAAAACGAACAACUAUAUUUUCUCCCGUGACUGUAAUGUUUACUUUUUAAAUAGAAUAUAAUAAUUACAUAGCCUACCAUGGCUUCCGCACUCAUAAGCGUUAUCAAAAAGUUACAUAUAUCAGUUAUACCACAAAUAAGAGUAUUGUCUUCAAAUGUCACGGCAGUAGCAGCAAAUCCUAUAAACGAAAACUUGAAUGUUAUUAAAAAAGAAUGGAAAUUCCCACCACAGUACACCAAACCUCGGGAAGUCUGGAUUGAGAACAUGGACACUAUCGAAGAAAAGAAAAUAGGAUUAUUUGAACUGCAUCCAUUAGUGUACGCCGCGCCCGCUAGAAUAGACAUUAUACAUCGCAAUAUUAUAUGGCAGAAAAAGUAUAGAUGGGUGUCCUGGGCUCAUACGAAGACUCGAGCUGAAGUCCGAGGAGGUGGAAGGAAACCGUGGCCACAAAAAGGUAUGGGCAAGGCUCGGCAUGGCUCUAUAAGGUCCCCACUGUGGCGCGGUGGUGGGAUAGCCCAUGGACCUAGAUCUGGCAAGUCCCACUUUUUCAUGCUACCUUUCCAUGUAAGACUCCAUGGUUUAACCACAACUUUAUCAGUGAAAUUGGCACAGGAUGACCUCCAUAUUGUAAAGGACUUGGAACUGCCUUCAGAUGAGCCAGAUUAUUUGGUUGACCUCAUUGAACAAAGGAAUUGGGGACCGUCAGUUUUGAUUGUUGAUGACAAUGACAUAGCUCCAAAGAACAUAAUUGUAGCCACAGACCGCUUGCAACAUGUAAACCUAAUGCCAGUUUAUGGACUCAAUGUGUACUCCAUGCUAAAACAUGACACAUUGGUCCUCACCCAGGCUGCUGCUGAGAAGAUUGAAGAAAGAAUCUUAGAUCAUUUCCAUUCAAUCACAACAGAUAAACAACAAGCAUUUAAAUUAAACCAAGUGUAAAGUCUAUUAAAUAUAAAGUUAGUUAAUAUUAUUGGUAA